AGUUGAACACAGUUAAACAGCAGCACGUGUGUAACAUGACAUCCAUCGAGGUUUUAUUGACAAGUGAAACAACAGGACAGCUGUGGAACGUGUGUGUCUGGGAUGUCGAGUCAGGGACCAGUGUUGUCACAUAUAAAGGAGGGACAAGUGCCCCCCACGGCUUGGCUGUAUUAGGACAACAAUAUCUCAUUAGUGCAUCUCCCACAAAACCUGUGUUAACGUUAUGGCCACUACAUAAAAGGGACAACACAUGUACUAAGAUGGUUUGUCCUGGAAUUGUGUCAGCCGUCACUGUUACAGAGGAUGGGGCAUACUGUGUUGCUGCUAUAGCAGAGAAAAUCUACAUUUGGCAGACCUGUACCGGGCGGCUACUUAGUGUAUUGAGCCGCCAUUAUCAGACCAUUACCUGCUUAAAGUGUUCCUCUGGAUUAAUUGUGUCUGGAGGAGAAGACAGUCUUGUCAUUGUGUGGUCACUAGGAAAAGCCCUUUGUGACCAAUCAGAGAGCAGAGCUCCUGUAUCACCUGACCAGGUGUGGUCCAGUCACUCCCUCCCUGUCACGGAUCUACAUGUGGGGGUCGGGGGUCACCUCGCUAGAGUUGUCUCCUCCUCCCUUGACCAGACUUGUAGACUCUAUGACGUUAACAGUGGGGAGGUUCUCUGUACGUUUGUGUUUGAGGUGGGCAUUUGUUCUGUCACAAUGGAUGCAGCAGAGUUCAGGUUAUUUGCAGGGGGCAGCACUGGUGCCAUAUAUGCUGUUAAUUUAUUUGAAAAGCCAGUGAGAAGAGAGAGACACAUAACUGAAAACAGAGAAGACAGCACUUGUCAGAGAUUUGAUGGUCAUGAAAAACAAGUGGGUUGUCUGUGUAUAACAAUGGAUGGAUGUCAGCUGAUAUCGGGUUCAAAUGACAACAAAGUCAAAAUCUGGGAUAUAUUUAGUGGACAGUGUAUGAGAACAAUAGAACACAAAGGUCCUGUGACAAACACAUUACUGACCAUGGUCCCUCCUGGAAUUGUGAACCCCGACAUUAAGUGUACCCUUCCCCUCCGGACAUUCCAGAGAGUGUUCCAUUCUGAUGCCCAGGAGGAGGGUAGUGAGGCCACACUGAAUGUCCACCUCACCAACACUGAACCAGAGGAAGAAGAAGACAUUUUAAACCCCAACUCAGAAAUUCUUAUGGAUCUAAAAUACAGAUCAAAGGAAACAGAGAUUAUGGAUACCCAUGAUGCUCCCUCAGAAGAAGUAGAUAGAAGAAUACAGAUCCCUAAUGAUUCUUUGGACAUUUUAAAGCUAAAAAAUGCAAAUAAAGAACUAUUUCAUUUUGCAGUUAGUACACUAUUAAAUAGUAAAGACAAAUAAACUGAUGUCUUUCUUUUU